CCGGAGCUGAAGCGCGCAGGCCCGUCCCAGCGGCCCGGGGCGGGUGGGGCGGGGGCGCCAUGUGGUUCAUGUACGUGCUGAGCUGGCUGUCGCUCUUCAUCCAGGUGGCCUUCAUCACGCUUGCCGUCGCUGCUGGACUCUAUUACCUGGCAGAACUGAUUGAAGAAUACACAGUAGCCACCAGCAGAAUCAUAAAAUACAUGAUCUGGUUCUCCACGGCUGUGUUGAUUGGCCUCUACAUCUUUGAGCGCUUCCCUACCUCCAUGAUCGGCGUGGGUCUCUUCACCAACCUCGUCUACUUUGGCCUCCUCCAGACCUUCCCCUUCAUCAUGCUGACCUCGCCUAACUUCAUCUUGUCAUGUGGGUUAGUGGUGGUGAAUCAUUACCUCGCGUUUCAGUUUUUCGCGGAGGAGUAUUAUCCUUUCUCAGAGGUCCUGGCCUAUUUCACUUUCUGUCUCUGGAUAAUUCCAUUUGCAUUCUUUGUGUCCCUGUCGGCUGGGGAGAACAUCCUGCCCUCUACCGUGCAGCCAGGAGAUGACGUGGUCUCCAAUUACUUCACCAAAGGCAAGCGGGGCAAACGCCUAGGGAUACUGGUUGUCUUCUCCUUCAUCAAAGAGGCCAUUCUACCGAGUCGUCAGAAGAUAUACUGACACCCUUGGGGAGGGACUGCGGGAGCAGGACCAGGAGGGAGUCAGGUCCCUGGGCCUCUGAACUAGGCUGGGGCUGUGAGCGUGGAAGGUACCUUCCCCAGCCCUGGCCCUCCUCC